UAUAUUCCGACCGCCUUAAAACCAACAAGUGUCUCGUCGAACGUAUUAAAGAGGUGAAAGUGAACUAUUUCUAAUAAUUUGAGACCAAAGUGAUAACAAAAAAGGUGAAAAUGAGAUAAACAAAUCGUUGUUGAUGAAGAGCGGUAGCACGCGGGUCAACGUUACAAUCGAGUGUCAAAGUAUUAUUCUGGUCAAAAUGCCAGAAAGAUUUCCCAUAUUAGGAUCGCAGAGCAUAGGAAACUUUAAAAAUAUUUUUUCGUUAUGUUGCUACGUCUUAUUGUAGUUGUCGACGACAAAUGUCAUGAUAAAUGCACACAAUCCAGCAACAUACCGGAAUCAAUGUGGUAAUGAGAUUCGCGCUCCAGAUGACAUCUAAAAGUGCAAAAGCAUCGUUUCUGUCAUAUAAAAGGUUUUUGGCGUAAGUAAGUGAAUGAUGCCUUACUCCCUACUAAAUACUGCUGACAACGGCAUGUUUUUUAACUGGUCGUAUGGAGAUGGAUCAAGAAACAACUCAUACCUACCCAUCGAUAUGCAAUUUAAUGCAGGACAUCAGCUUCAAAUUGUUGUUUACAGUGUACUAAUGGUAAUAUCUGCCGUAGGAAAUAUAACGGUACUAACACUGUUAAUAAAACGACGGCUCAAAGCACAUUCUCGUAUAGACAUGAUGUUGACACAUUUAGCGAUAGCAGACCUUCUGGUAACAUUUCUAAUGAUGCCACUGGAAAUUGCGUGGGCAUACACAGUGAGGUGGAUGGCUGGCGAUAUUAUGUGUCGUCUAAUGGCAUUUUUCCGCACGUUCGGUUUAUAUUUAUCUAGCUUUGUGCUCGUGUGCAUAUCAAUAGAUAGAUAUUAUGCUGUACUACAACCAUUGAAACUAUCGAAAAGAAGAGGCAAAAUAAUAAUCACUAUAGCUUGGAUAUUGGCAUUUAUGUGCAGCACGCCACAGGUUUUCAUAUUCCAUGUGGAGCCGCACCCUGAUGUGGUUUGGUACGUUCAAUGCGUGACAUAUAACUCUUUCAGGAACGAACAUCAUCACAUCGUGUACAAUAUCUUGGUUAUGAUGUUUAUGUACGCACUCCCACUAUUAACCAUAAUUUGUUCGUAUGCAUCCAUCUAUAUGGAAAUAUUUCGACACAGUCGGAUGCCAAAUUCUGAAGGCUUUCGUCGAUCAAGCAUUGAUGUCCUCGGUCGAGCUAAACGGAGAACUUUGAAAAUGACUAUUACGAUCGUUCUUGUAUUUGUCAUUUGCUGGACUCCAUAUUACGUCAUGUGUAUAUGGUAUUGGCUAGACCACCAGUCUGCGUUAAGCGUUGAUCAGCGUGUUCAGAAAGGGCUAUUUCUCUUUGCCUGUACUAACAGUUGCAUGAAUCCAAUAGUGUAUGGUAUUUACAAUAUAAAAUUGCGCAAAAAACGAAAAUCGUGUGAAUGUCUGGCCUUGAAUUCAAAUAUAGUAAAACUUCGAACCGGCGAUCACAAUUUCAAAUAAAUAUUUUUGCGAUAUACACAUGUA